GGUGAACGGCGGUACUUUGGCGUUUCCCCCAUUCCGUUUAAAAUGUGCCCUGAAAAGUAGAUAAUGAAAUCACAAAUUUCAAUAUUAGAAUGAUAAUCCUGUGGUCCUUAAUCACACAUCUUCAACUGACAUGCUUGCAUUUGCUCCUGCAGACUCAACUCAUUGAGGCUCUGGAUGCCCUUGAAAUAAUCAACUAUCAGACCACCAAGUACACAAUCCCCGAAGUUUGGGAAGAGCUCCCGGGGGAGAAUGAAGAUCCCCAGGAGACUGAAGAUGAGGAAAGUUUCUUUAAGUUCGGUGACGAUGGUGAAGAAAGAACUCCAGUUUCAGAAGGGCUACACGAGGGCGCCUUCUGCCGACGCAGUUUUGAUGGAAGGAGUGGUUACUGCAUCCUGGCCUAUCAGUGCCUUCACGUUAUCCGGGAAUAUCGGGUGCAUGGCACUCGCAUAGACAUCUGCACCCACCGGAACAAUGUCCCUGUCAUCUGCUGUCCUUUAAGAGACAAACAUGUCCUGACCCAGCGAAUCAGUGCCACUAAAUGCCAGGAGUACCAUGCUGCUACCAGAAGACUUCAGUUGGCUGAUACUGGACGGACGUUCUCCGGAAAGCAGUGUGUGCCCAGUGUUCCGCUAAUAGUAGGCGGUACUCCCACCCGACAUGGACUAUUUCCACACAUGGCAGCCUUGGGAUGGUCGCAGAGCAGUGGCUCCAAGGAUCUGGACAUAAAGUGGGGCUGUGGCGGUGCCCUGGUUAGCGAACUGUAUGUCCUGACUGCCGCCCAUUGUGCCACCUCUGGUAGCAAGCCACCUGACAUGGUGCGUUUGGGGGUACGCCAGUUGAAUGAGACCAGCUCUGCCCAGCAGGACAUCAAGAUUCUUAUUAUUGUACUGCAUCCCAAGUAUAGAUCAUCGGCUUAUUACCACGACAUAGCCCUGCUCAAGUUGACCAAAAGGGCUAAAUUGUCGGAUCAAGUGCGUCCCGCUUGCCUGUGGCAACUGCCGGAGCUCCAAAUACCCACUGUUGUGGCCGCCGGUUGGGGACGCACUGAGUUCUUGGGCGCCAAGUCGAAUGUCCUGCGACAGGUGGACUUGGAUGUGAUUCCCCAAAGCAACUGCAAGCAAAUCUAUCGCAAGGAGCGGCGUCUGCCAAGAGGUAUCAUCGAAGGUCAGUUCUGUGCGGGAUAUUUACCCGGUGGCAAGGACACCUGCCAGGGUGACUCCGGCGGUCCCAUCCAUGCCGUCCUGCCGGAAUACAACUGCGUGGCCUUCGUGGUGGGCAUCACCUCGUUUGGCAAAUUCUGUGCGGCUCCCAAUGCCCCGGGAGUUUAUACCAGGCUAUAUAGCUACUUGGAUUGGAUUGAGAAGAUCGCCUUCAAGCAGCGUUAGUUUAAUUUAAUUUUUUAAAUAUAAUUUUCACAUCUUUAAAAAUAUAUUAUAUUUAGCUUUCAAAUGUUUUCAAUGACUGAUUAGACAUAAAACGUGUAAUAAUUUUAACCGGCCAGAAUAAAGGUAAAUUCUACAAUUAAAUAUUCAAAAAUACUUUUUAAAAGUUUUAAAAAUCCAUCACAAAAGUUAAUAUUAAUAGAUU